AAUACAUUGUCAAUGUCGAUUGCGGUUUACAUUUUAAUAUAUAAUAAUAAAUAUUGUAUACGUUUAUAGAGAUAUUGUUAUGAAUUAAUUUGUUGAAGCUUUAAUAUUAUUAAUUAAAUAAGAAUGGGGCUCUGCAAAUGUCCUAAAAGAAGAGUAACUAAUCAGUUUUGUUUCGAACACAGAGUUAAUGUUUGUGAAUAUUGUAUGGUGACAAAUCAUCCAAAGUGCAUAAUUCAAUCGUAUUUACAAUGGUUACAAGACAGCGACUACAAUCCAAUUUGUGAAAUCUGUACAAGAAAUUUAGGCGAAGCAGAAUGUAUUCGUCUUACGUGUUAUCAUGUAUUCCAUUGGGAGUGUGCAGAAUCCCUGUAUCGCGGGCUUCCAAGAACAACUGCACCAGCUGGGUAUCAGUGCCCUUCUUGUGCUUCACCAGUUUUUCCACCAUCCAACUUAGUAUCACCUGUUGCUGAUGUUCUUAAGGAGAAAUUAGCUGGAGUUAAUUGGGCUAGAGCUGGUCUUGGACUACCCUUACUUUCUGAUGAACAAGACUUAAAGGGUGCAACUGCCACAACCAGGCGAAGUCAUUCACCAUUAGAACAGAGCCAGUAUUUUACAAGCACAGUGGAGUCGCAGAGAGGAACACCUGUUGGAGCCAGUGAUGAUGAGAUCCCUAACCGUUCUGCAACCAGCACACCACAUUCCAUUGUUCAAAUACCAGAUGAUCCUGUUAACAUGUAUGAUGGUACCUCUAUGAAAAGAAGUGAUAAUUUACAAGCUGCCCAUAUACCGAGAAAAGCAUUAAGAUCUAAUGAAGAAUCAAGACCAUUAAUGAAUUUUGAUCAUGAUGAAAAUAAAUAUAAACAGAAGUCUACAUUUGCUUGGAUAAGCAGAUGGUGGAAAAAUACAUUACCCUCUUCUCGCAUUAGAAGAACUGGUGGUCUUUGCAGGCGUUACUGGAUAGCUGUGUUUCUAAUAAUAGCUGUCAUUCUAGUAUUAUUUGUACUCAGUGAUAGAGGAGUUGAUGAAGAAAGCCCAUUCAGUAACAUACAAGAUCAAGACAGUAUAAUAUUGCAAAAGAAUUAAAUAUUAUUUAUUUGUAAAACUAUUUAUAUAUAUAUUUAUUAUAAAUCAAGCAAAUAUUAAUUGUGUAUAAAUUCUAGGCAUAUUAUGAUUAACAAUAUUGAAAGCUGUACAAUUCCAAUAAAUACUGAAGAAUA